AUGCAUAAGUGUUAUGCUGGUGACCGGAUAAUAGCACGUGCCCGGCGCCUCGAGGCCGUGGCGGAUGUUGAGCUCGGCUUCGCGAUCGAGGUGCACGGCAGCAAAUGGGCCGGGAGUGCCGAGUGGGUCACCGCCUCGGUCACCGCCCGUCCAUCAGUCGAAGGCAUCGUCCUCUGCUAUUGUAUUCCCAUGCAAGAGAAGGAUGGAGACGGCAGAAUGCCAAUCGGCAUUGUCGAAGAUAGCCUCUUUGGCUAUCAGGAGUGA